AUGUAUUUGUCAAUGACGGCAGAAAGUUUCGAAUUGGAAGAUGCAACUGGUGAAAGUAUUGUAUUACAAGAACAACUUCAACAACAAAUAGCUCAAGAACAACAAAUGCAACAAAUAGCUCAAGAACAACAAAUGCAACAAAUAGCUCAAGAAUAA